UGGUAAGAAGGGGGAGAAAGUUCGCUCUAAUCCUUUAAUACUCCCCAACACACAUGCAUACAUGCACACACACUAUUCGGAGACUCAAAAACUUUCCAGAAUCUCCCUCAUUCUCUGUUUUUGGAGGAGAGGUAGCGUUGGUUUCAGCUUUCUUAUUCACAGGCUCCCAUCCUUUUGCAUGGACCACUUUUUUACUGUGGACUCAAAAAGAAUCUGGAAGGUAUCUUGCUGGUGUAGAAUAUUCCUAUUAUUUCACUGUUAGUGUAUAGGGUGUUUUUCACUGAGGCAACUGAAACACUGGAAUGGAGUCUGGAGUCAACACCACAGGGGAUGUCAUUCCCUACGGAGGAAAAAGUGCCUUUUCACAAUUGGAGCACAACAUAGUGGCGGCAUACCUUAUCACUGCAGGUGUCAUCAGUUUGGCCAGCAACAUUGUGGUACUGGUGAUGUUUGUCAAGUUCAAGGAGCUGCGAAAUGCCACCAAUGCCAUCAUCAUCAACCUGGCCUUCACUGACAUUGGAGUGGCUGGCAUUGGCUAUCCCAUGUCUGCUGCCUCUGACCUCCACGGGAGCUGGAAGUUUGGCUACACUGGAUGUCAGAUCUAUGCAGCUCUGAACAUCUUCUUUGGGAUGGCCAGUAUUGGACUGCUGACAGUGGUGGCCAUUGACCGCUACCUAACCAUCUGUAGACCUGACAUAGGGCAGAAGAUGACCACCCGCUCAUACACACUCCUCAUUCUGGCUGCAUGGCUCAACGCAGUUUUCUGGUCGUCCAUGCCCGUGGUGGGUUGGGCCGGCUAUGCCCCUGACCCAACUGGUGCCACCUGCACCAUCAACUGGAGAAAUAAUGAUGCGGGCUUUGUCUCCUACACCAUGGCAGUAAUCGCUGUGAACUUCCUCAUCCCUUUGUCAAUGAUGUUCUACUGCUACUACAGUGUGUCUGUCACCAUGAAGAGAUACAAAGCCAGCAACCGCUUGGACAGCAUUAACAUGGACUGGUCAGACCAGAUGGAUGUGACUAAGAUGUCGAUAGUGAUGAUUGUCAUGUUCCUGGUGGCGUGGUCGCCGUACUCCAUAGUGUGCCUAUGGGCGUCCUUUGGGGACCCCAGAAAGAUUCCUGCCCCCAUGGCUAUCAUUGGUCCUCUCUUUGCCAAGUCCUCCACCUUCUACAACCCCUGCAUCUACGUUAUUGCCAACAAAAAGUUCAGAAGAGCGAUCACAGGAAUGCUCCGAUGUCAAACCCGACAACGGAUCACCAUCAACAACCAGGUUCCCAUGACGAUUUCCCAGCUCCCUUUGACCCAAUGAGGGAGGAUUGCUAGAUGUUACAUUCUAUGAUGAUUUUAUUCCCCCAAACUCUGAUUACACUUGUCAUUGAGUAUACUGUUAGAGGAUGGGAUACAUGUAAGAAAGUUUAAAAGAUCCCAACCUACCAAGCUUUUUAGACCAUACCAGUGGUCAUGAGAGAACUGGAAAAUACUAAAUUCAAGAGUACUGAGGUACAUCCCAAGUCACCCAUUAUUUAUAGGUACCUCAAAAUAUACGAAAGUCGUUUUAUGUAAUUGGAGACACAGACAUCAUCAACCUUACAGUUUUGCCCUACAUUGCUGUACAUCAAUGAAGAGUCUGUCCAAUACCAGUGUUUCUGGACCACGUGGGUAGGUGCUUCUAUAUUAACUGGAUUUUAUUUUGAUAUGUUGGGGUUUACCAUGUAAAUUGCUAUUUUUAUGACAUUCUAGCCAUUGUCUUCCCAAUGUGUUUUACCUUAGUGUAAUAUUAGCAUAAACAAACAAUAAAGUAUGUUUGUGUACAACAUUACACUUUCUUUAUUUCCAUUCCUGUGGCAACACUUAUCCAGACUGCAGUAUUCCCAGUAAGUGCAUAUACGGUCUUCUUUUUUUCUAAUACAGUUGUACAUUCUAAAAAAGUAUAUACAGUUGUAAACUUUGCAUUGUUUGAAACAUUAUUUAGAAAUGCAUCUGUACAUAUAGAUCAAUAUACCUGACCC